AUGAGCCAUGUCAUUCCCAUUGAAGAGCCCAAAGCGCCCAAAGCGCCAGCUGGACUUGUGCCGGUCGAAACAUCCUUGAUGCAAGAUCUUCCUCCAUCCCCUGUCGAGAUAAAUACGGUCGAGAGCCGAAGCGAUACGAAAGAAGUAACAAUUCGUCAAGUCGCACCACUGGUUCUGAUCUUGACCGGUGCUACAUUUCUUAAUACCCUCGCGUUGCAAGCGGUGGUCAUUCUUCUUCCGGAGAUGAGUAGACACUUGAACAUUCCAUUUACUCGCCAACAAUGGAUCGUGUCUGCCUACGCUUUGACUUCUGGAUCAUUUCUUCUGCUCUUUGGAAAGCUUGGCGAUGUUUACGGUAAACGUCCGCUUUUCAUAUCAGGAUGCUUCUGGGUGACUGCGGUCUCUCUAGGGACAGCAUUCUCCCCGGUUGAGAUCUGCCUAUAUGUCAUGAGGGCACUGCAUGGCCUGGCUGCUGCUGCUACGAUUCCUUCUGCUAUUGGGAUUCUCGGUUAUACAAUCCCUCCUGGGCGAGUUAAAAACUACAGCUUUGCCUUUUACUCUGGAGGAGCUCCUGUCGGACAGGCCAUGGGAAAUAUCAUUGGUGGUAUCAUCUCACAGUAUACAAGCUGGAAGGUUGUCCUCUUUGUCAUUUCUGGCGCUUCUUGCAUUAUUGGCAUCACCGCGAUAUUCGCGAUUCCGAAAGAGCCUGGAAGAAAAGAGCACCCCGAAGAUUCACCUCGUGCAUCUGGAGUGGAUUGGAUUGGUGCCUUCUUAUUCACGUCCGGAACGCUGCUUAUGAUAAUUUCUCUUUCCGAGGGAGCAUCACAAGGAUGGAAUUCAGGCUUUGUUAUUGGCAUUCUUAUCGCAUCUGUGAUAUUUUUAUUGGCUUUCGUUUACUGGCAGCAUUACCUGGAGAGUAAAGCGGUCAAAGAACCACUGAUGCCAAUAUCUACAUUCAAGAAUUCUCGGUUCACUUUCGCUAUGAUCAUUGUAUUUUUGUUUUCUGGUGGCUUUACAAAUUUUAUUUUGUACUCGACCUACUUCUAUCAAGACUAUCAACUCCUAUCCCCUCUACAAACAAUGCUUCGCUUUCUUCCACUUGGAGUCGUAGGCAUACUCACUAUCAUCGCUUCCGGCUAUCUUCUCUCACGACUUCGCGGCGAUUUUAUCCUCAUUUUUGGACUCGUGUCGUCAUGUAUUGCUAACAUCUUAUUCGCGGUUCCAAUUCCACCAUCCACAUCGUACUUUGCAUACGGCAUGCCCGCUAUGGCCCUAGCUGCCUUUGGAGUCGAUACCGUAUACACUUGUUUGGGGCUUUUCACCACCCAAGCGCUCCCAAGGAAAGACCAAGCUCUCGCCGGAGCAAUGUUUCAAACAGUCGCUGCAAUGGGACGAGCUAUUUCGUUGCCAGUCAUUGCAGCUGCUCAAUCCGCGGUGCAAGAGAAACAGCUAAAAGAUGGGAGAACCGAAAGCUUUGCGUAUUUAGAGGGCUUAAGAGCUGCAGAGUGGGUAUGCUUUGGUUGCAUGGUUGUUUGUGUUGGGGUGACUAUUUGCGGUUUGAGAAACAUUGGGAAGAUUGGUCUUUUGAAGAAGCUGGGGCAAGUUCAGUCGGCCUCCAAGGAGAAAGACAGCGAAAAAUGA